AAAAACAAAAUACUAUCAACCUCACUAUUUCAACUCAGUAAGGCGGCUGUGCAUCACCUGUAUCUGUAGUUUAUUUAUUCUUAGGUUCAGUGGGAGGUGCCAUACAGUAUACACUGGAGUGACAUUGAUAAAGCCGUCCGUGAAAAAUCCUAAAGAAUUUGACGUGAAACGUUUCUACGAGGCAACAGAUGUUUUUAUGCCUACUCUUUCUUCAGAUGUAAUAAAAGCGUAUGUGAAAACUGGAGAACCAAUGGACAAGGCGGGAGGCUAUGGUAUUCAAGAAAAAGGAGGUACUCUGGUAGAACGGGUCAGUGGAGAUUAUUUCAACGUCAUGGGUUUUCCACUCCACAGAUUUUGUAAAGAGUUACUGGAUUUUCUAUAAUGUCACUCAAUAAAUACAACAACCUACAA